AUGAGCUCUGACCAUCCCGCCCUCCUCCUCGACCUCCCCCCACAGCACCCGUACUUCCGCAGAGCCCUCCCGCCACAACCCCAGCCGGGCCCGAUGUACCACCGGCCGAUCCACUACGCCUACGACUGGCGGUCACACCCCCAGCCGGCCCUCUUCGCCGGAGCCCUCGCGCCCUCGAGCUGGACCAACGUCGGCCCCUCGUACCCACCCCAGUCGCUCUGGCACCCCGCUGGCCCGCCAGACUUUCUGCUGCCCUUCCACCACUACUCGGCCCGCGGCUGCGACGCCCCAGGUUACUCGUUCUCCCGAUCCGACACCUCGUCUGCCGUCUCACGCGACUCUGACCUUUCUCCCUCGCCCGAGGUUGCGGAGGUUGUCUGCAAUGCACCCCUCGUCGCCCCCAUCCCGCUUCCAUACCACUCCCCGACCUUCCUCCUCUACGACCUCCCCGACGAUGACGAGGACCUCUCCCAUCCGCCGUACACACACCGGCCCCACAAGCGCAAGCGCUCCCGGGAGGAUGACGAAGAUGGUUCUCUAAGCCCGCUUGCGCACCCUGUGCCCGCCAAGCGGCGGCACACCACCCACCCAGAGGGCGGACCACCGAUUUGGGACGGAGCCUGGGCGAGCACCGCGCACUCGGCCGCUGCCCUGCCCGCGCUGCGCCAUCCUGCUGCGGGCUUCUCGCGGCGUAAUCGAGCACGGUAG